AUGGAGCAAAAUCAACCAGCUAUUACAAAAAAGGUGUGGAACGUAACGCGUACGAUGUUGUACAUGUUGAAGAAAGGGAUAUCCAAAGGUAAAUUAAUGGCUGAACUGAACAUGAUGUUCAAACGUUGGAAGAUUGCAGGGAAAGCCAUUCAAAAUCUCAUGUUCCACCAUAGCCACCACUGGUCCACCUCCUCCUCCUCCACCGCCGACGCUGGAAAUCUGUCAUUUCCAUACCCAAGAAAUGAAUACGAAUUUAGCUGCAGUAACAGUCCGGCUUAUCCUAAUUUUCAUCUCCCCUUCCACCUCAAUAACAAACGUAAGCACAACCACCGUGCUCCGUUCUCGCCGUCGCCGGCGGGUACGGAGGAGGAGGAUUAUGUCACUAUGAAUGCUGUGGUGAGGACGUUGGAGAUGCUUAAUAGUGCGGCAGCGUCACCGGCUUUGCCAGGGUUCGGGAAGAGCCCUAUGGUUAGGCAGCCGAGGGUAACAGAUUCUCCAUUUCCAUUGAGAAAUGCUGAUGAGGAUAAUCAUAUAGAUGAAGCUGCUGACGAGUUCAUAAAGAGGUUCCAUAAUUAUUUGAGAGGGCAAAAAGAAUAG